AUCGUGAUAUUUCUACCCGCUUGUUUUUUAUCUCAUUUUGUCGCCUCAUCUCGGCUUCAGCGUCUCUCCGCCAUUUCCAUCGUCGCCUCGGCUCUCCUCCUCCGCCUCUUCCUUCACUCAAACCCUUGCUUCCCUGCGUCGGGUCUGAUGCCUAUUGGAGAAGCAUCGUGCUUCUGUUUCGGGUCGCGUGAAUCUUAUCGGCCGCGCCGGAAACCCUAGUGUCAGUCCCGCCCUAAGUCCUUUUUUCUUUCCCUUUUUGUCUCCCGAUGGUCUACGGCCAGGAUCCGUCGGAAGCACUACUCCAGGCCGUCCGGGACGCACUCUCCCCGCUGGAGUCGGCGGUCCUGCGCGCCGCCAGGGAUCUGGAGUCCCAGUGGCUGAAUUCGAGGGGCGAGUGCAAGAAUGCGGAGCCCCCGACGAGCUGCCAUGGAUUGGCGAAACCGAAGUUGAGACAAGCUGUGGCUGUGUCCGUCGUGGCUUCUGAGGAUAGGAAAAAGGGCCCCAUUAAGUCCUUUCUUGGUGCUUUGUUUCCGAAUUGUUCCCGCGGGGAUGGCGUCCGUGGUCGGACAGGGAAUUCAUCCAAUAAAGGAAGAGGAGAAGACGAUAAAGAUAAAUCUCGCGUGAAUUGCUCGCCCUUUGCGGCUACUUGGUCACUUGUUGUUAACAGCUUUCUUCAGGCGUGUCCGCGACCACUUAAAUCAGUUAGGAAGUGUUUCGGGAAUCAAUGUCGAGAGGAUGACUCCCUCUCUGAGCCUCGUCGUGGUAAAACUGCAAGGAGAGGAUCAUACAAGGUCGCAUAUUGGGAUAAAACCGAUAAAUCAGCUUCAGUUGACGGAGAAACGUUGUCACUUGAGUUAAUUUUUUGCUUUGCAUUGGACAGUUUAGUUCAGAAUCUUCAGAUGUUAAAUUUGAGUCACCAGAGGAGCAGCGCUAAGAAAUAUGAUCAGCCAGGGGCUUCUGAUUCUUCCUGGCCUCCACAGUUUGAUCACUUGAAGACAAUCGAGGGGUUAAUUAAUGGAAAGAAAGCAGAUUUUGAUGGAGUUCUUUCAAAUUUGGGUUUUGCAAGGGUUGGAGGGGCUCCAGCUAGCUUUGUGGGAGCCACUUCAUCUGUGAAUACUGAGGGUGCGAGUCAUGCCAAUUGUGAUGAUAAAGAAGAGCCUAUGAGUAGAUCACCGCAGAAGGUUGCCAGUGGGUUGCUGAACAUUCCAUUGUCAAAUGUCGAACGCUUAAAAUCAACACUCUCCACUGUUUCUUUGGCUGAGUUGGUCGAGUUCAUGCCUCAUUUAGGGAGGUCCUCGUCUGACUAUCCUGACAAGAAGAAGUUGUUCUCAGUUCAAGACUUUUUCCGUUACACCGAGGCAGAAGGAAGGCGGUUUUUUGAGGAGUUGGAUAGAGAUGGUGAUGGCCAAGUUAACCUCCAAGACUUUGAAAUUGCAAUGAGAAAGAGAAAAUUGCCAAGGAGGUAUGCCAAAGAUCUUUUGCGGCGUACUAGAAGCAACUUGUUUUCAAAUUCAAUUGGAUGGAAACAAUUCUUGUCCUUGAUGGAGCAGAAGGAGCCAAAAAUUCUUCGAGCUUACACAACCCUUUGUCUUAGCAAGUCUGGAACCCUUCAAAAAAAUCAGAUUUUGACAUCAUUGAGGAGUGCAGGACUUCCUGCCAGUGAAGAUAAUGCCAUUGCUAUGAUGCGUUAUCUCAAUGUAGACAGUGAGGGAUCAAUUUCGUACAGUCAUUUCCGCAACUUCAUGCUUUUGCUUCCAUCGGAGAGACUUGAAGAUGAUCCUCGGAACAUCUGGUUUGAGGCAGCUACGGUGGUAUCUGUUCCCCCACCAGUGGAGAUAUCCACUGGGAGUGUUUUAAAGUCGGCUUUGGCGGGAGGUCUUGCAAGUGCACUUUCUACUUCUGUGUUGUAUCCUGUCGAUACAAUGAAGACACGUGUACAAGCAUCAACCCUUUCAUUUCCAGAGCUUGUUGCGAAGCUACCAGAAAUUGGGUUUCGUGGAUUAUACAGGGGUUCUAUUCCAGCAAUCCUUGGGCAGUUUUCAAGCCAUGGAUUGAGAACUGGUAUUUUUGAGGCAAGCAAGCUUGUGCUGAUUAAUGUUGCACCAACACUCCAAGAGCUUCAGGUGCAAUCUAUGGCAUCCUUUUGUAGCACGAUCUUGGGAACAGCAGUUCGAAUCCCUUGUGAGGUUUUGAAGCAGCGACUACAGGCAGGCAUCUUUGACAAUGUAGGAGAGGCAAUUGUAGGUACUCUACAUCAAGAUGGCUUGAGAGGUUUCUUUCGCGGGACCGGUGCCACACUUUGCCGUGAAGUCCCUUUUUAUGUUGCUGGAAUGUGUCUAUAUGCAGAAGCCAAAAAGGCUGCACAGAACAUUCUCAAUCGAGAUCUGAAACCUUGGGAGACUGUUGCGGUGGGGGCUCUGUCAGGUGGGCUUGCUGCUGUUGUCACUACUCCGUUUGAUGUGAUGAAGACGAGAAUGAUGACAGCACCCCAGGGCUUGCCGGUAUCGAUGUCAAUGGUGGCUUUCUCGAUUCUUCAACAAGAGGGCCCUUUGGGGCUUUUCAAGGGAGCUGUUCCCAGGUUCUUCUGGAUAGCACCUCUGGGUGCCAUGAAUUUUGCUGGAUACGAGCUAGCGAAGAAGGCAAUGGUCAAGACAGAACCCAUCUCCGGGUAAGGUACACCCACCCUUUCCGGUUUUCUUGUUUUUGGUACACACGUGAACCACCAGGCUGGGCAACUAACUAACUCCCUUUUUGAGCGGCCUUAAAAUUCAUGUACUACCCUCUCCUCUGCAUGUUACUCGUCCACCUUCCUCUUUGCCGUCUUCUUUUUUGCAUUGAUUUAAGGGAGGGUAAAGUUUUCGUUCUCUCUUUUCUUGGUAAAAUCCAUCAUCAGCUUAGAAGAAGGAUUAGCAAGACACUUUACAGCAUCCAACUUUUGUCAUCUGUGUAUAAUUGCUGCCUCAAAGGGAAUCUUUUUGAUGUGCUCUGAGUCAGUACACACUUGAGAUUGUAUGCUAACCACAGAAAAAUUGGUCGAUGAUCCACAAGCAAAACUGGAUGAAUGAACCAUCUUUUUGA